CGGAGUUGCGGGGCGGGGCGCUGCGCCCAUGUCUACCUCAGGCAAAGUUAGCUUUUAACCCAGGCGGGGAGGGGGAGCCUCACCUGCGCUGCCCACCGACGCGUCCCGCAAACACCGGGCUGUCAGCAGUCGGGAUCGCUAAUAAAAGUUAUCGGACAUCUCUCCCUAAAGGCCUGGUGUGAACACUACAGGCGGCCUGCACUGUACACAGAGCCCUGCAUGCCAGCGGGGGGCACCGUCACGGCCUGCGUCAGUGUCCAGCGUCCCCGGCCACACGAGCCGGCUGACGUACAGGGCCUCUGGGGGGUCGUGCCGCCAUGGAGUGUGACGGGGGAUCGGAGCUGCCACUGGACCUCAGUUACCUGACGGAGGAGGAGCAGGCUGCCAUCCUGCAUGUGCUGGUGCGCGACUCGGAGCUGCGCAAUACAGAGGAGCGGCGUGUCAGGAAGCUGCAGCACAGUGCGCUGGAUCCCCAGCGGCUGAAGACCCUCACAGGCGGCUGGUUCAAGGAGCUGUGGUCCAAAAGGCACAAGAGGCUCGGCUCGGACAUCGUCCAGGCGUCCAUCCGGCGCAAGAAGAAGCCAAAUGAUGUUUCCCUGAGUGUGCUGCCCCUGUUUGAGAAGCCGCCGUCCCCAAAACCACUAAGGCUAAAUGGAGAGGAGGAAGCAGCCAAGUGCAGAAGUGCUGCAGAUCGUGUGAGCCCCACACCUGCCCCCAGAAGGAUGGGUGCCUCCAAGAGUCCCGAGAUGCUUAAUGGGUCUCCAGGUUCGACAGAGUGCGUCAGAGAACAGAGCGGACAGAAAGAGGAGACUGCAGUGGAGGAAUCGGCACUGCAGAACCCCUCCUUUCACCUGCAGGUGGAGUCUGAGAGAGACUCGGACUCCCUCUCCAGCACCGCUACCGACCUUGAGCCGAGCCGAAUCAGACCAGGCGAGUCAGUCUCCAGCCUGCACUCUAACCACACGCUAAGUGGCAGUAUGAUGAGCCUGUUCAGCUCCGGGGAGUUCGGAGCAGUGGAAGUGCAAGGCACCUUACAGUUCGCCCUAUACUAUGACACCAAAAAGGAGGAGUUUCAUGUACAAGUGUGUCGCUGCCAGGACCUUGCCCUCGCCCGCAAGAACCGAUCUGACCCGUACGUGAAGACCUACCUGCUCCCAGACAAGACGGCCCCCAGUAAGAAGAAGACCACUGUGAAGAAGAAAACGGUGAACCCUGUGUUCGAUGAGACUCUGAAAUACAAGAUAAAGAUGAUGGAACUGAAGGGAAGGACACUAAACUUAUCUGUGUGGCACCACGAUCCCCUGCGAAGGAACAUCUUCCUGGGGGAGGUGGAGGUGGCGCUGGCGGAGUGGGACUGGGGGCAGAAGGACGCGGUCUGGCAUCCUCUGAUGCCGCGGGUCCAACUGUCUCAGGACUCUGUGCCCAGCCGCGGCACCCUCAUGCUGUCCAUGAAAUAUGUUCCAGCUGGAUCUGAAGGUCACGGCAUGCCAGUGACAGGAGAACUGCACAUCUGGUUAAGGGAGGCGCAGGGACUUAUACCCAUCAAAGGGGGCACUGUAGACUCUUUUAUUAAAAGUUUUAUUUUACCAGAUGAGAGUCGCUCCAGCCGGCAGAAAACCCGUGUAGUGAAGCGCACAGUCAGCCCCACAUUCAACCACACCAUGGUCUACGACGGCUUCCUUGUCUCAGACCUGAAUGAAGCCUGUGCUGAAAUUACCCUGUGGGAGAAGGAUUCCCUGUCCUCCCGGCAGCUUGGGGGCGUGAGACUAAGCACAGGUUCCGGCCAAAGCUAUGGACAGCCUGUGGUGUGGAUGGACUCCACUGAAGAGGAGAUCAGUGUGUGGACCACCAUGAUCCAGCACCCCAAUACCUGGGUGGAUGCUACUCUGCCCCUGAGAACUGACCUGACCCCCCGUAAAGAGUAACACCCCCAUGUGGGGGCACAGACAGGACAGGAGCAGGUGGAGGGAGGGGCUGGGGGCCAGGUUCAGAUGGACUAAAGGCUGAGAUGGUGUUCUCUGAAUGAGGGAAGGUGUGUGUGUGGCAGGCCAGUGUUUCUGCAACAAAGCUGGCUGGGUGGAUGUAGGAAGGACAGCCCCCUGCUACAAAGAUAUUAUUUUAUAUUAAAGGGUGCCUGGCUCUGCUAGUCGAUCCUGACUGUGCCUUUUUUAAACUACCGCUUGUAGUCUUAGUGUCUAUGUGAACAAAUCUAUUCCCUGUGUAUCUGCUCUUUGGGGGGCAGGUUCCGUGGGGGCGGGGCUUGCCUGGGCAAAGCACAUUUCAAGGUGUUUAUUAAUAAGGAGCUGGACUUUGGAUCAGCAGGUGAAAUGUUCAAAUCACAGAAAUGGGAUAAAGGGGUGUAUUCAUAAACAGUAAUAAAUAUGACUCUAUAUCUCUCUCAGAAUGCUAUGAAGUAAAUGAGAACAGCAAACUGCAUUUGAUUUCACCCCACAUUUUAGCUAGAUCAGGCUGAUGUAAUUUUAGUGGUAUAUUAGUUAGCUUAUGACCAUUACACUGCACCUACGGCAGAAGAUGCGAAGCAGUGAGUCAUAUAAGGAGAGCCAGUGUGAGUGUGAGAGGCAGCAAACACUCCCACUGCAGUAUUCAGUGUAUGUUCUUAGGGAACAUCAUGGAAAGUGGUUACAAAUUUGUGUGCAAGUCAUGACAGUCCUGUUUAUGUUGGUCAAGAAUUAAAAGUUCAUGACCAUA